UCCUCCCACAACAGUCCACUGUCCUGCACCUUUUGACUCCCUGACGCUUUUCUUGGGACACGGCUCAAGAUGCCAGAGCCCACAAAGAAAGAUGAGAUGCCCAACGGCCAGCCAGAAGAAAGUGUUGCCCCAGACAGUAACGGUGCUCCGCCCCCUCCUGAGAUUACCUUGGAGGUUUCUCCACCACCAGAGGACGCCAGUCCACAGAAGAAAGUCUCGGUUGAUCUGCAUAAUGAUAGCGCCUCUCAGUCAUCCAGGGGGAGAAAAGACUCAGUGUGGUCUCUGGGAGAGGGCCAGAACCCAGAGGACCUGGACAAGCCCGUUGACACUCCACCACUGUCCAUACUGCUGAUAGAGAAACCUCAAAGUGGCUCCAUCCCCGUUGGUGGAGACAUCACCUUUGUUGCCAAGGUGGAGGCCAAAGAUCUCCUCCGCAAACCCACGGUCAAGUGGUUCAAAGGAAAAUGGAUGGAUCUGGCCAGCAAAACUGGGAAGCACCUCCAGCUGAAAGAGACUUUUGACCGAUUAACUAAGGUCCACACUUUUGAGAUGCACAUUAUCAAGGCUAAAGACAACUACGCUGGGAAUUACAGGUGUGAGGUCAACUACAAGGACAAGUUUGACAGCUGUUCCUUUGACUUGGAAGUCAGAGAGGCUGGACAAGGCUCGCAGAAUAUUGACAUACGAUCAGCUUUCAAAAGAAGCAGUGAAGGACAAGAAGAUGCAGGGGAGCUUGACUUUAGUGGUCUCCUUAAACAUAGGGAGCCGAAACCAGAUGACACUCCUGAGGUGGAUGUGUGGGAGAUCCUGAAGAACGCUCGGCCAGACCAGUACGAGAAGAUCGCCUUCAUGUACGGUAUCACAGAUCUGCGAGGUCUGCUCAAACGGUUGAAGAAGAUCCCAAAAGAGGAGAAGAAGAGUGAAGCUUUUGCAAAGAAGCUUGAGCCCUCCUACCAGGUGGAUAAAGGUGGGAAGAUCCGCCUGGUGGUGGACCUCGCUGAUCCCACUGUGGACCUAAAGUGGUACAAGAACGGACAAGAAAUCAGACCCUCGCCCAAUCAAAGGAAGUAUAUUUUUGAGCAUAAGGGCACACAAAGGAUUAUGGUCAUCAACAACUGCUCCAUGAACGAUGAUGCAGCCUAUUGUGUAGCUGCAGGAGAUGAGAAGUGCACCACAGAACUGUUUGUCAAAGAGUUGCCAGUUAAGAUAGUUAAAGGCAUCGAGGCUGUGAAGACCACAGUGAACGAGAGGAUCGAGCUCGAGUGCGAGGUUACAGAGGAAGGCGCUCAGGUCAAAUGGAUGAAGAAUGGUGUUGAGGUUCCAACAGGAGUGCGCUCCAGAUACCGAGUCAAAUGUGAGGGAACCAAACACUUCUUGGUGAUUGACGACGCCUCCAGAGAGGACACUGGGACAUACUCCAUAAUGGCCUCUGGUGGCACAUCUGAGGCUCGUGUACAGGUUGACUUGAAACCACUGAAGAUCUUCCAGGACCUGCAGAAUAUGACAGUGAAGCUGGGCCAGCCCUUUAAAUUGCACUGUGAGAUUUUUCCAGGCAACGUUCCAGGCCGUUGGUACAGGAAUGGACAGCUGAUCCAGCCCAACGACCGCAUCAACAUCAUACACAGAAAUAAGGUCCACCGCCUUGAAAUUGAGUCCAGCUCUCUUCACGAUGCAGGAGAUUACACUUUUGUACCUGAGGGAUAUUCACAGAGCCUCGCUGCCAAAGUUCACAUCAUUGACCCUCCACAAGUGCACUUGGACAGCUUGAAUUUCCCAGACAACACUGUGACAAUUGUGGCAGGAAACAAACUUCGCUUGGAGAUACCCAUCAGUGGAGAACCAGCGCCCAGAGUAGUGUGGAUGAAGGGAGAACGAGUCAUUCUUGAGACAGGCCACCGUGUCCGAGCGGAAACAUACCCCGAUCACACCAGUCUGACGAUUGAAGUCACAGAGAGGGAGGACACGGGGAACUAUAAGAUAGUGCUGCAGAAUGAGGCUGGUGAGGCCACAGCCAGUGUCAAAAUCAAGGUAGUAGACAUUCCUGAUCCUCCAGAGGCUCCAUUGGUCCCAGUGAUCGGAGGUGACUGGUGUUCUAUGACAUGGGAACCACCAAAAUAUGACGGGAGUUCACCAAUAUUAGGUUACUUUAUCGAGAGAAAAAAGAAACAGAGCUCCAGGUGGAUGAGACUGAACUUUGACCUGAUCAAAGAAACCUCAUUCGAACCCAAGAAGAUGAUUGAAGGCGUGCCAUAUGAAGUGCGGAUCUUUGCGGUUAAUGCCAUUGGUGUUUCCAAGCCCAGCGAACCAUCCAAAGCCUUUACUCCUCUUGCUGUGACCAGUGAGCCCACUAUGUUGGCUGUGGACGAUGUGACCGACACCACCGUUACUGUUAAGUGGCGCCCUCCAGAAACUAUUGGCGCAGCUGGUCUGGACGGAUACCUGGUGGAGUACUGCAUAGAAGGAACUGAUGAAUGGAUAUCCUCUAACAAAGAGCUGACAGAGAAAACAAAGCACACCAUCAGUGGUCUGACUCCAGGGUCUAAAAUCUUAAUUCGUGUCAAGGCUGUCAAUGCUGCUGGAGAGAGCACUCCGCGGACCCUUCAGCACUCUGUCAUGGUCAAAGAGGUUAUUGAACCACCCAAGAUCCGUGUGCCACGACACCUGAAGCAGACGUACACUCGUAGAGUUGGAGAAGCGGUCAACCUUGUGGUGCCAUUCAUGGGCAAACCCAGGCCAAAAGUCAACUGGUUGAAGGACGGUAACCCCAUCGAGCCGACCCACGUCAGCAUCCGUAACACAGACUGCGACAGCAUCAUCUUCAUCCGUAAGGCAGAGCGCAGCCACUCUGGGAAGUACGAGAUGACAGUGCAGGUUGAAAACCAUGUGGACACAGCAAUCCUUGACAUACAGAUUGUAGAUCUACCUGGACCUCCCUUAUGUGUGACGAUUGAGGAUGUAUGGGGAGGAAAUGUGGCUCUGGUCUGGACACCACCAAAGGAUAGCGGCAAUGCCCCAAUAACAGGCUACACCAUUCAAAAAGCAGACAAAAAGACCAUGGAGUGGUUCACGUGCAUUGAGCACUACCAUCGCAACACCAUCACCAUUACAGAACUGGUGGUUGGGAACGAGUACUUCUUCAGGAUCUUCUCCGAGAAUAUGUGCGGCCUGAGUGAAACCGCCACCCAAACAAAGAAAAGUGCCCUCAUCGUCAAAGACGGCAUGCAGCUGAAAAUGCCCGAGUACAACGACCAUGACUUCAAGGAGGCACCAAAGUUUACGCAGCCGCUGAUCAACACUUUUGCCGUCGCUGGCUACAAUACUACUCUCAACUGUAGUAUCCGUGCCAAUCCUAGGCCCAGAGUGAUGUGGAUGAAGAAUAAGAUCAUCAUUGUUGACGACCCACGCUAUCGCAUGUUCAGCAACCAGGGCGUAUGUACUCUAGAGAUCAGAAAGCCCAGCCCCUACGAUGGAGGCGUCUACACCUGCAAGGCCAUCAACGAUUUGGGAGAGGCCCAAGUGGAGUGCAAGCUGGAGGUCAAAGGGGGGUUCACCUUCUACGAACUCAUGCAACGUGGAGUGCCCCUAAAUCUGAUUGACAAGUACAUGAGCGAGGCGAAGGUUGUGGAGCAGGAGAAGUAAAAUUGGACAGAAUGCAAUGAGACAUUUUUAGCUUUACGGACCUCUGCUGCUAUUUGUGAUCCUCUUCUCUCACCUACCGAGGUGGGCGGCCAGAAAGUGGACGGAGGCGUGGACGGUGGGACAGAUAGAAGGGCGUGUGUGUCCCGGUCUGGGCUGCAGCAUGCUUUUUACCAUAGGGAUAAUAAAGCAAGUUGACUUCUUG